AUGGCGGCAAGGACGGCCGAGUCCGGCGAGCUCAUCUUCGAGGACAACUUCGACGAGCUCAACCUGGAGACCUGGCAGCACGAGCUGACGCUCCGAGGUGGCGGCAACUGGGAGUUCGAGGGAUACAACAACAACCGGACCAACAGCUUUGUGCGGGACGGCAUCUUAUUCGUAAAGCCGACGCUCACUGCUGAAAGAUUCUCCAAUGACUACCUCUACUCCGGCGUUCUGGACAUGAACGGAGACAACCCAUUCGACCAAUGCACAUCACCCCUGAACUUCGGCUGCUCCAGACAGGGCAGUCAGGCCGACAUCUUGAACCCAAUCAUGUCCGCUUCCCUCCGCACAGCGCUCUCAUUCACCUUCACGUACGGCCGCGUGGAGGUCAGAGCCAAGAUGCCCGCAGGCGACUGGAUCUGGCCAGCCAUCUGGAUGAAGCCGAAAAUGAAACCGUACGGCAACUGGCCGACUUCCGGAGAGAUCGACAUACUGGAGAGUCGCGGCAACGGCGACCUCUCCGUGGGCGGCACCCAGAUCGGCAACCAGCAAGUGUCAUCGACGCUGCACUGGGGUCCGGACUUCGCCAGCAAUCGCUACCAGCUCACGCACUUCGAGACCAACAACGCAGCGGGCUUCAACGCAGAUUUCCACGUCUAUAAGAUGGAAUGGAGUCCUGAGGGCAUCAAGUUCAGCGUGGACGAUACGGCCCUGGGUGAGGUGACUCCCCCUGCCGGCGGCUUCUGGGAGCUGGGUGGCUUCAACAAGGAUACCUGGAGAAACAAUCCGUGGCAGGGCCGCUCCAAGAUGGCGCCCUUCGACCAGCCGUUCUACCUGAAGCUGAACGUGGCCGUGGGCGGCACCAACAGCUUCUUCCCGGACGCAGCUGUCAACGGCGCCGGUGCCAAACCCUGGUCCAACACGUCGCCCACGGCGCCCAAGGACUUCUGGGAGGGAAACGGCCAGUGGCUGCCCACCUGGCAGGGCGACGACGUGGCCAUGCAGGUCGACUACGUCCGUGUCUACGCCAUCUAA